AAAUCCUAAAACUUGAAACUUCGCAUCUCUAUCAACCUUCCCCCCUUCCUUUCCCUACUCAUCCUUCUUCUUUCUUUUGCUUAUUCUUUCUCUCUCUCUCUCUCUCUCUUCUCCCUUCUUCUUCCUCUCCAAAUCUAGGUUUUUUUCAAACCCAAAUUUGGGUUUUUCUCAAACCCAGAUCUAGGUUUCAUGACAUAAAAUAACAAUCUGAUGAAGUUGGUGAUAAUAAGAAAAGCAAUACAAAUCAUUCCAUUAUAUUAACUAUGUUGGUGCUGUUUCGUUGAAAACGAGGAAGACGAAGGUCGUUUAGCAGGAGGAUCUGCAAGCGAGGUCUGCAUGGAGUACGAAAGAAGAACCCAGAUUUGAAAAUUUCUUUUUUUCUGUUUCAGAUUUGAAACUUUCUCUGAUCCUGUCAUAGACACUUCAACCUAUCAAGCUAUCUUUGGGGUUUUCCCUAAUUUUAAUGGUUAGAUUCCAAUUUUAAUAUUCCUUACUUACUCCCAUCCCCCGUCACGAUCGCCAAGUACCAACGGUGAUGCCUUCUUCCCUUUUUCACCUCUCAAGUUUUGUUCUCCGACUCCUGACCCUCGCCGACGGCGCUUCUCUUUCACCUAUCCACUUUCUAACGAUCCUCACCUAUCGUCGCCAUUUCAUUUCAGGCUUUGUUCUGGCCUUUUUCUACCUUCUCUCUUCAGAACCUCAGGACCUCGUUUGCUACAGCCAACUUUUUCAAGAUUCCAAUUUUAAUGGAGUACGAAAGAAAAACCCAGAUUUGGAGAGGAAGAACAAGGGAGAAGAGAGACAGAGAAAGAAUAAGAAAAAGAAAGAGGAAGGAUGAGCAGGGAAAGGAAGGGAGAAGGUUGAUAGAGAUGCUAAGCUUCAAGUUUUAGGGUUUGCAGAGGUAAGGGAAAAGGAAAGGUAAAGGAGAGAAGAAGAGGUUUCUUUUUCUUUUUCUAACGUGUGGAAAAAAAAUUGACAUUAUUA